CUUAAGUUACAAAUGGAAGAGGUAAUGUCAAUUAUCUUCCACGGAAUGAAACUGGUUGAUGAGCUUAAGUCAAGCUUACAGGAAAAGUCACCGGAAUCUCUGUCCACCUCUCUCGACGAGAUCACAAAGACAUUUGAUGAUGCAAAAGAGAGGUUGAAGAUAGUCCUUGUGAUCAGGAACUCGGAGACCGCAAUGAACCAAGUCAAACCGGUGAUCUCUUCUUGCUCAGACCGGAUGCUAAUGCAGAUUGAACCGGAUCUGAUGCAGGAGUAUUGGUUAAGGUAUGGUGGGUCCACGUCAUCUCAUGGAACCGAAGUCGUGACUCAAAGGCAGCUCAUGGCUGUUGAUGGUGACGGCGGAAGAAAUUUGACGGCUACGGAAAGAUCAGGUGGCUCCGGUAGCGGUUCCUCCACGCCAAGGCAACGUAGAAGGAAAAACGAAGGAGAAGAACAAACGGUGUUGGUGCCGGCGUUAAGGUCGGGAAACACAGAUCUACCUCCUGAUGAUAACCAUACUUGGCGUAAAUACGGUCAAAAGGAAAUUCUUCACUCUAAGUUUCCUAGAGCGUACUAUAGAUGCACCCACCAAAAGUUAUACAAUUGUCCAGCCAAGAAGCAAGUCCAACGCCUCAACGACGAUCCUUUCACCUUCAGAGUCACUUACCGUGGCUCACACACUUGCCACAUCUACUCAACCGCUCCCACCGCUUCUGCUGCUGCCCCCACCGCUCCAAUCACAACUACGGCCACAACUAGCCAUCCCGUUGACUACGGUCCCUUCUUCGACAUGCCGGAAGCUAUGAUGCUCGGUAGCGGCGGGAUUGGGGACAACAUGGAUUUCAUAUUUCCUUGCAAUGAUCCACCUCAUCAUCAUCACUGUUACCGGAGGCAAGAAGACGGAGACGGAGACAAAUAGAAUACCAGAGACCGGAAGACGGAGACAUAUAUAUAUAUGAUUCAUAUAUAUAUCUACAGAAAAAGGACAUGUUUAAUUUAAUUUAUUAAUUAUUUAA